AUGACACCGGUGAUGCACGCAGCAAAAGCGGGACAUAGAGAAGUGUUUGACCUACUUGUCAGGGAAGGUGCCAACCUGUCUUUAGUGGAUCAUCGAAACCGGAACAUUCUCUUUUUCGCUUGUUUUGGGGGAAAUGUUGAAAUCGUCAGGUAUGUCCUCGAACAGAAUAUUGCAAGCAUCAACAGCCGAGAUAUGGAUAGGCAGACGCCAGCAAUGAAUGCAGCGUUAUACAAAAGACAAGACGUGUUUUAUUUACUGGUGGAGGCAGGAGCAGAUCUGUUACUGGUGGAUGAUUUCAAACAAACCAUCCUUCAUGUGGCCUGUCAAGGGGGUAAUGUUGAGAUAGUCAAGGCUAUCCUCACACACCACACUGUGGACAUCAACAGUCGUGCAAUGAGCGGCUGGACACCCGUAAUGUAUGCAGUAAGUGAUGGACAAAAGGAUGUGUUUGAUGUUCUUGUGGAGGAAGGGGCAGAUCUGUCACAAGUGAGUAAUGACAAAGAAAGCAUCCUUCAUAUGGCCUGUGGAGGGGGUAAUGUUGAGAUAGUAAAGUAUCUCCUGACACUUUCAGUUCUGGACAUUGACAAUCGAGACAUCUACGGCCGGACACCAGUAAUGCAUGCAGUAAGUAAGGGACGUAAGGGUGCGUUUGACGUUCUUGUGGAAGCAGGAGCAGAUCUGUCACUAAUUACUAAUGGCGCAGAAACCCUCCUUCAUUCGGCCUGUGGAGGGGGUAAUGUUGGGAUACUCCAGUACCUCCUGAAACAUGGCGUUGUGGACAUCGACAGUCAAGAUGUGGAUGGAUGGACACCAGUAAUGCAUGCAGUCAAUGCUGGACAUAAGGAUGCUUUAGCCUUUCUUGUUGAACAAGGUGCAGAUCUGUUAUUAGUGAAUAAUGACAAAGAAACCAUCCUUCAUGUGGGGACUGUUGAAAUAAUCAAGUACCUCCUGAAACUUGGCAUUGUGGACAUAGACAGUCGAGAUAUCAACGGAUGGACACCAGUGAUGCGUGCAGCCAGUGUUGGAGAAAAAGAUGUGUUUGACGUUCUUGUGGAAGCAGGAGCAGAUCUGUCACAAGUGGGCAAUAAUAAAGAAACCAUCCUUCAUGUGUCUUGUAAAAAGAGAAACUGUUGA